UGCUGUAAUUUCUAACAUUCUACAUGCCCAACCCUCGUUCGCGGUUGCCCCACCAAAAACCUCCCCUCCGCCUCGCGCCGCCGCCGCCGCCCCGAGCGCGCCAUGGCGCCGCCACGCCCGCCGCUGCCGCUGAUCCACGACGUCAUGGUCGAGAUUUUCCUCCGCCUCCCGCCGGACGAGCCCGAGCACCUCUUCCGCGCCGCCCUCGUCUGCAAGCCGUGGCUCCGCAUCCUCUGCGACCCCGGGUUCCUCCGCCGCUACCGCGCCUUCCACGGAGCCCCUCCCCUGCUCGGCCUCCUCCACAGGCUCAAGGUCAUGCAAGGAGACCCCGAGCCCCGCCUCACCCCCACCACGGCGGCGCCCCUCUCCCCGUACCCCGACCGCGGCCGCUCGCGGGCCCUCGACUGCCGCCACGGCCGCGUCCUCCUCCACGUGGGGGCCGACUGCUGGCAUUUCGUCGUUUGGGACCCCGUCACGGGCGACGAGCACCGCCUGGAGGAGCCUGGCAUCCCGUGGCUGAUCUACUCCGGCGCGGUGCUGUGCGCUGUGCCUGGCUGUGACCAUCUCGACUGCCAUGGCGGCCCCUUCCGAGUGGUGUUUGUGGUCACCGACGACCAUGAGGAGCUCGUUAAGGCGACCGUGUACUCGUCAGAGACAGGUGCGUGGAGCUCGCCGGUGACUCUGGACAGUGGCUGUGAAUCCUAUGCUAAGCAUAGGCGAGAUGCUCUUGCCGAUAGUGGUUUCUAUUAUAUACCCUAUGUCCAGCCUAGGCGAGGCGCUGUUAUUGGAGAUGAGGCUUACUUCACGCUGCGGUGGGGUAAUGCAAUUGUCAAGUAUGAUUGGGGCAACAAUUCCAUAUCCUUGAUUAAUCCACCAACACAGCAUGUGUAUCAUGUUGCUCUCAUGGUGAUGGAGGACAGCUCACUGGGGUUUGCCUGCGUUCAGGAUUCCAGCCUUUAUCUGUGGUCAAGGAAGGUGAAUUCAGAACAAACUGCAGAAUGGGUACAAUGCAGGUCCAUCGAGCUGGAAGAGAUUAUACCUGUCAUCCGUCCUGAUGAUAAACCAUUAGUGGUUGGCUGUGCAGAGGGUAUGGAUGCCAUCUUCGUUAGCACAGGUGCUGGCUUAUUCACAAUCAGGCUCCACUCUAAGCUGGUUAAGAAGGUUGAGGGGUCUGGGGUCUACUUUAGUGUCCUACCCUACAUGAGCUUCUACACUCCAGAUCAUGGCAGAUUGUUGUCGCUUGGAGGACUUACUGAUCUCUGAUGUGCUGCUCACAGUGAUAAAAUUGCAGAAUUCACAAAUCCAGCCUUGAUUCUGAUGGUGUUGGCUCGAGUUAUUUUGUUUCCUGUUAGUAGUUUCAUGUCAUUAUGCUCAAGUGCGACCGUGCUCACUCAAGUUGUUCCGAUCAUGUUGCUGAUAAAAAAUGUACUUUUGUCGGUUUCUCAUCUGUUGAACAGUUUAGUAGGAAUGGGUCAAGCCGCCAUGUCCAAGUGUUGUCCUGUCGAAUAUCUCCUGAUCUGUGUUUCUGUCCGAUAUGUCAGGAAUAUUUAGCUACCGGCUCUGUCGUUUCCAUUUUCUUAAAAGAUUAUGACAUUCAGUGUUGACUGCUGCUCUUCAACAAGGUUGUCAACUAGUAGCAGUGUAAUUUUUUUUAAUACAUAACUGGAAGGUUUCAGUUUUGGGCAUCUCUUGUAAAGUCAGGGCUGAAGUCUGGUUAUUGAGGAGUCUUUGGGAAGCAGGACCAAUUGAAUAAUUGAUCUAGUUGACCGAGCAUCAAGCCACAGCUAUGAAAAAAUGGAGAUGAAACUUUACUUUGGA